AAAUGUAUUAUUUCCAAUUUUUUUGUAAAUUUAAGAUGUUUGCAGACAUUUUCCUUAGCACUAUCUAAAGUUUUUAUACUUUGGCUACUCCCAAAUUUUAUAGUUUGUUUAAUAAUAUCAACUUUUCGCGAAUCUGUAAUAAAUAAAAGUACCCUUACUUUGUAAAAAACAUUUCAUGGCAUAUUAAUAAAACAAAAAUUGCUAUUUUUUUCAACAAUUUAAUUUACCCCUAAGUGAAACUAUUCAGUGUAAAUAUCGAUUGUUUAUUUAUUUAGAGUUUUAUGAUUAUUACACUUUAUUCUUUUCUGUAUAGGAAUGCCGUUGAUAAACAAUGUGUUAUUUUCAUUGCAUGAACAAGUAGAGUAGAGAGUCUUUUCGCUCAUAAAAGGCACGAUUGGUUGCCGGUCAAUUGUUCUUUUGUUUUUUUAUCCUGAUGGUUAAUUGUCCAAUUUUGGCAAUCACUGAACGUUGACCACCUAGUUAAAGCAUAGAAAAUGAUUUAAAAAUUUGUGAUUGGUGUAUUCUUUCUCUGUAAUACUUGAGCAGAAUAAAAUACUUGAAGUCAUUAUGUUUUCCUACCAACUCCAGAAUUAUCACAAAAAACUGAAUGAUACAGGAUUUAUUAUUUUUAAAAGUUUUUAGAGUUAUGAUGUAAAUACAAAUUCAAUCGUCAGUAUGGGUAGUUUGUCAUGGGUGAUUAAUUUUGCCAAUUCAGUGGUUGGUGUUGGUGUUUUGGCAAUGCCAUAUUGCUUUUAUCAGUGUGGAAUAUUACUGGCUUCAUUGAUGAUUUUAUCUGCUGCAACACUGACAAAAUGCACAUGCGAAUUCUUACUAAGAUCAGCUAGUUACACCAGAAGAACAACAUUUGAGCAAAUUGCUUAUCAUAUUUAUGGACGCCUUGGGAAGCUUGUUACUGAAAUCAGUAUAAUUGGUCUUUUACUUGGUACGCUUGUUGCAUUCCAAGUUGUGAUAGGUGAUCUCGCUCCAGCAAUAAUACAUAACACAUUUGGUUUGCAGGAAUCAUGGGCACUGAGAACAAUUGUGAUGAUAGCAUCCUGCGGUCUGAUUAUUCCAAUUAGCUUGAUGCGAAAUGUGUCCAGUUUAGCAAGUUUGAAUGCAAUAUCAAUGGCAUUUUACAUGUUUUUUAUAUUCGUGAUUGUUUGUUUUGCAUUACCAAGUAUAUAUCUAAAAGAUUGGUGGAACAAAGUCAACUUCUGGAAUUUUUCUGCAUUCUUUCAGUGCUUACCGAUUAUUUCAAUUUCUUUCACAUGCCAAGCGCAAGUUUUAGUCAUGUACAGUGCACUACCAGAUCCUAACAUGAAAGUCAUGACAGAAAUCAUUAACAAAGCCAUCAAUCUUGUGGCAGGGAUAUAUAUUACGGUUGGGACGUUCGGCUACAUUUCAUUUUUCCAAGAUGGUAUACAUGGAGAUAUUUUGGAGAAUUUUCCACAUGGGUUUUUCACAGAUGGAAUAAAAUUUGGUUUCUGGCUUUCUGUUAUUCUCAGCUUUCCACUCAUUGUUUUUCCCGUCCGUGCUGCCAUCAAUUCGUUACUCUUUGCAAACAAAAGACAGGGCGUACUACAUGAUGUUAUUUCUAGCGCAUCAGAUUACAUCGCACCCGAUCAGUUCACCUAUAUUACUGUUGGUUUAGUUACCAGUACGCUAGUGAUUGGGAUAUUAAUUCCAAACAUUGAAACUGUAUUGUCGAUAACCGGUGCACUCGUUGGGACGUUUCUCUGUUUUGUUUUCCCUUCCGCAUUGUUUCUAAUGUCAGGCGCUAAAGACCACAUGAAAAGGCUUGCGCAGUUUAUCUUGGUAGCAAGUACCAUUGCUAUGGUAUUGAGCACCAUGUCUGUCCUGUCAGGUGUUCAGCAUAACCAACCACGCCCUGCACAUAAAGUACAUGAUGCUGCCGCUCCUAUGCAACAAGUUGGGGGUGACAACGCCCAUCUAAACAAUGCCGCUUUAGACGCUGUCGUUAAAGCGACUGAUGCAGUUAAGAGUAGAGUAAAUGUGGAGGAAAUCAAGAAUAAAGGCGUGCAUCAAUUUGGUCAUGUGAAAGACGAAAAUGAAGUUAACGUCGCCGUGCAACAAGUCGAUACGUCGGCGCCAAAGCUUUCAGCUGAUCAAAAUCAUGAUGGUGCAAAACCUCUGGAGCCACAGGUAAAGGAAAAUGAGUCGAGGAUGGAAAAGAAAGCUAUAGUAGAAAAUGUUCAAGAUACUCACGCAGACAAAAAAGAGGAUCUAGACAAAUCAGAUUUGAAAAUAGCUGAUAGUAAAUCACACGAAAUUGUUAAUCGAGACGUUGAAAACUCGCUUAAUCAGAAACCGGAUGUGCUGGCUGAAAAUAUAGCUAAUAAAGUGCAGAUUCGACAUCAAUUGUCCAAUGGCGAGAAAACUGAAGACAUAAAAAAAACAGAUUCUGUAAACAGUGUUAACAAUAAAGCAUUGAAGACAGAGGAAUUGAAAGUAAAAGAAGAGGAGCAUAUCAGCGAAACAAAAUCACCACUCAACGACACUCUAAAAAACGGUGGCGAUACCGAAAGUAUAUUGGGACCUAACGAUGCAGGAAAGAAUAACGAAAUUUCGAAAAAUAGCCAAGUUUCGAACGACAAUCAAGUUUUAAUAAAGAAAGAAUUAAAGAACAUUAAAGUUUCGGAAGAUAGUCUUGUUACGAAAGAGAUUAUAGAACGCAGUCCCACCGAACUGGAAAAAAAAGAUAGCUUGAACAUGUCGAAAGUUAUAGAUCGAAAACCAAGACCUGGCAGAGAUAUUUUGAGUUCGUAGGGCAUAAAUUAUUUUUAUCAUGGUUGUGAAUUGUGAGGAGAAGGGGAAUGAUGUUUGGUGUGAAAAACGACGGCAGCGGGAAAACCUAAACAUGCCAGGUGCCGAAACUUAAACAGGCCAGGUGCCGAAAACCACAUAAGUCAGGUACCGAAAGUAAAACGAAUCGUUCGAAUAAACGUUCGCGUUGGAAAAAUUUAUGCACUAGUUGUGAAAGCAAUAUUUAUGUUUUUUUUUAUUUUUUCUUGUAUAUACUAUACUGUAUUGAUUUAUUUUAUCUAAGUAAAUCUAUAGUAUUGGGUAGACAGCCAACUAAACAACGAAGUCUGGAAAUUGCCUUAGAAAAUGGAUAAAAGUCUUUAAAAAAAAAAAUUAUUCUGUUUUGAAAAUAAAAAAUCCGAAUGAAAAUUUUCUGACCUGGAUUUUGUUUAGCGUACUUAAAAGUUUUGUGACUCGACGUAUUCAUGAUGUCACGUGUGUUUACUUUUGCAACGUGCAAGGCGAGGUGCCGCGUUCCAAAAUUGACAAAAACUCACGAAAUUCGCGAAAAUUAUUUCCCUGUAGUUCAAAGGAAAGAUUAUUUGUAACCACCUGUGAAGUCAAUGUUUUUGUUUCUUUGUCUGUUUGUUUCUUUGUUUGUUUGUUUGUUUGCACAGGAUAGCGAGAAAAGCUGAAUAAACAGUAUUCUCAUAGUAUGGAAUUCUUCCUGUGUUAUUACGUAUUUAAAAUAAGCUUUUUAUUCAUUGAGAUUAAAUUUAGUAAUUCGUAGAAUGUUAAAUAUACAUUUGAAUUUGAUUUAUGUUUCUAAAUUUACGAAAAUUUUCAUUUAAUAUAUUACGUUAUUAUUUUUAUGCAAAAUAAAUUGUACAAUAUGUUGACUACUUUUUAAAUUAAACAAAAUCAAAAUUUA